GAGCAGACAGACAGGGAAGGAAGGAGCAGGGAAAAGGGGAACACACACAAAGACAGAACAGAAAACGGCUGAAAUAAAACGAACAGAGGCAGGAGCGAAACUGGAGGCUUGGGUAGAAGAGAAAAAGGAAACAAUGAGGAUAAGUGGAAGAUGGCUGCAGCAUCUGUUGCCAAAGAGAGAAGCAUGUUAGCGAUUCAGACCAGAGCAGCGGUGCAGCCUGCAGUCUGCAGUGAGAUGCACAAAACCUCUCCUGAAUGUUUGCAUCAAACUUUAAACAGGACUCUCUGCAUCUCUCUUACAAAGACAGUUUUCUUCUUGCCACUCCAUAAAAACCAGAAUGAAGAGCCUGCAGGAAAAUAAAGCAAAGAGUUUUCAUGAAGAGAGUUGUUUCUCAUAUUUCUGCUGGAGCUCCCAAUCAAGCUGCAUCCCAAUGAACUAACAACCAGAUCGUCUGUUUUAUGCGUUUUGGGGGAAAUUCACUUUACAUUCCCAGCACUUGUUUAAUCCUUUUUAAUCGCUUAGCUACACCUCUUGAGAGAUUUAAAAGAAAAUCAGUUUUAGCACAAAUGAUGCAAACUCCAGUCUCCAUGGUGAUGGGGAUCGUCUUCGCUCCUCUGGGACUCGUCCUUGUCUUCACUGCCGCCAUCACCCCUCAGUGGCGGGAGGGACAAGCUCGCCUGAACAUCGGGGGGACUGGAUCUCUCCUUCGAUCCGGAGCAAAGGGUCAAGGGGUGGGUGUCAGGUCCGGCUCGGUGGAGGCCCUGCUCCUGCUGCGCUCCGACGGCCUGUGGGAGAGCUGCUUACAGGUGGAAAAGUCCGAGCUGAAGCAGUGCUGGCCCAUAGCCGGCCCGUACCAGAGAGACGCCCGGGUUCGGCUGGUGCAAGGCCUGGUGCUUACGUCCUUGUUCCUGUGCGGCAUCGGGAUUGUCCUGGCUUGCAUCGGGGUCCGAUGCUGGACAGAUCUGCCUCUGAGGAGGGUGGCGGCUUCAGGCGGACUCCUGGUGGUGGCCGCCGGCCUUCUGAGCCUGACCGGGUUGGGGAUUUACACCCACAACCUCAGGAGACUGGGGGUGGAUCCCAGUCAAGGACUCAACAACCCCAAGUUCCCCCAGCUCAGCCUGAGUCCAGCCGGGUCGCUGUAUUUCGGGUGGCUGGGUUCUUGUUUACAGGUUCUGGGAGGCGGCGCGCUGCUGUUCAGCUUCAAGCGACCGAAAUGUCCGACUUGCCCGUCCCGCCAGGAGCAAGCCGUCUGUCCUGCGUGCCACUCGUGUCCAGAAAUGACCAGCAAGACCGAUGUGGACGUAUAUGAAGUCAGCUGUUAGAAUGGGAGCACAAAAAAAACAAACAAGUUUUUCUUCGAUACUCGUCAGAAUCAAACCGAACCGAUUCUCUGCGAUUAAUCUCAAAAGUUCAGAUUUUCAUUUCUCACAAGUUUUCGCCUUUUGGAUCUCCGAAAUUUCCACGUUUCGUAUAGAAAAUCUCUGAGGCCAAAGUCAAAAUUCCUGAUUUAUUUCUGGCAAUUUUUUGAGUUUAAGAGCUCAGAAAUGUUAUUGUUUUUUUCUUUAAACAAUUCUGAGACUAAUUUCAAAAUUUCUAUUUUUUUUGUUCAAAUUUACACGUUUUUCUAUCUACAAUGGCUCUAAAAUGUUGCAUUAUUCAGCAAGAGACAAAAAAUUUGUGUUUCUUUAGGGCUGUGAAAAUUAGCGCGUUAUUCCAGCGUUAAUUCUGACUCGAUCUACGGCAUUAAUAUUUCUGGGCCUCAUUGAAGCACAAGCUGCCAACAAAGUCCGCAAAUGUGCACAAAACAGACGUUUUUUUCACACUAAUCUGCCAAUAAAGGAAGUAAAAUUUGGAGUAAAUAUUACUGCUGAUCCAUAUUGGAGUCUUGAAAAUGUCUGUAAAAUAAUCCUGACAAAACAAAGUUUACUGUAAAUAUAAAUCCAAAAAUGUUCCAGUAAGAAAGAUACUCAAAUAAGUAUGGAUUUUGAAGCUUUUUGCCUUUCUGUACAUUAGUUUGAGUCAGAAAAGGCUGUAGCCAUGUCAGAGAACUAGUGUUAGCAGUUUUUAGAUGAGGAUGUUGGAUGCUAAAUGGUUUUAGACACUGGAUUUUCUGUGUUAUUUAUUAGCAAAAAUGGACAGAAAACAAACGAGAUGAUCUGAUGAUGUGCUUGUGUUUCUUUAAAUGUCAGUCUUCUGUCUCUGUCACCAUGAGGGAUCAGCCAUGAGAUUAAGAGGUGAUCAAGAAUGUUUAGUGGUGUUUUUGUUUGUAUAUUGUGAGUUCAAUAAAA